AUGGUCCACAUAGACUGUGCAUCUGAAAAAUCGGCGGAUUGGUUGGUGGAAAAGCUUAAAAAUUGGCAGGGGCCGGGACUGGUUGCAAUGAGGGGAGAAGACAUCCCUAAAGGGACAACCAUCAUGGUCUUUCUGCCAAGAAGCAAGGGGAAAGACACCACCUACCUGCUAGACCUUAUCCAGGCUCAGAACGAGAAUGUGUGUGUCAUAGUGCUCUUGGUGCGUCACUCCACAUCUCAAGGGUACGAUUACUCAACUGAUGAGGAAUAUAGUCCAGAGUAUGGAGCCGGUGCUGACUACGGCCAUGAAUAUUAUUCAGCUCCUGUAAAAGAGAAGAAAGAAGAAGGCAAUUCUGUAGAUUACGAAGGAGAUCCUGACGCAGCUGAGUUUGAAAAGUUCUUUUUAACUCCUUUAGAGUUUGAUUCGCCAGAGGAAUCAGCAUCUUCAGACCAAAAAAAGAAAGUUGCUAGUAAAAAACCAGUCAAUCCCGAUCCAUUCCAGCACUUAAGGAAGGCGUUCUUCGAAAAGACAGCCGAGUCAGCUUCCGAUCCUCAAAGAGCUGAGUAUUACGAUAAUGAUGAAAAGAAACAGCAAGCUGAGCAGAGCCAGAUUAGGCCUGGUCCUCAUUAUAUCAGCCAUCAAAUUCCUGUACCUGUGACUUUCUUCAAGGAAGAUGAUGGAGAGCAGGCUUCGAGUAAGGAUGAUGUCGAGACCAUUCCUCCACCGUUGAAGAAAAAAGGAAAGGCACCUAAGAAAUACAGAGUAACUGACGCCCGUCCUGGUUUUGACGGUUUCAAAGACUCCUACGACGCGUUUGACCUGCUGCGCCAAACUGAGGAACAAAUCGACCAAACCAAACCCAAACCCAGAUACUACAGUGGUAAAGACGUCGAUUACAAUACCGGUAAAUCCUCAUCUACAGUAUCCCAAAACUAUCCAUCGGCCGCCGGUUACUUGGCAGCACUGAAAAUCCCUACCACCACAGUUCACCCUGUAGAGAAAUACAACCUUCACCCGGUUACUGUAGAUUACGAAGCUCUACAAAGCAAAUAUCGCGAAGCCUUAGCUAGAGUCAAUAAGAAACCCGAACCGAAAUCGAAACCUAGAGAUGGACAGGUACAAUCUACUGAAGAUGCUCCUGAAAACUGUAGAAAGAUACAUUCUCCUGAGCACGGUGACGGUAUGAACUGCUUUGUAUGUGAAGACGCUGCUAACAAAGCUAAAUUUACUCAAUGUUCCUAUUCAGAGAGCGAUGAUCCAGUCAAUAAUUACUCUUCCAGCUCCAUGAAGUACUCUGUACCAUCAGAGGAUUCUGGUAGAUACAGGUAUAAAAGAUCUCCAGGAAGAAAAGGCUCUUAUUCCGAUGACCCAUAUUUUGAGAUCUCAGAACGAAGCAAGAAAUACUAUGCCGAUUUCGAAAAAGAACAAGAAGCUGCAGGAAGUGAAAGAGAUAAAGAUUUCCAUUACAAACCCUAUGGCCCCGAUGAUUAUGAAAGCUACUCAGAAAGCCAGAGUUCUGAGCUUCUGAAGGUGCCAGGAGCUUGCCAGAAGGUCGAACGUGAAGGUGCCACUUGCACUGUGUGCAGAGAUGAAAAAACUGGAGGUAACUUCGAACAAUGCUCUUACACCUCCGCUCCUAAAGAACAUAAAUACGCUUACGUAGCCGAAAAGAAAUACGAUAGCGAUGAUGAACCUGAAGAAAGUAAAACAGUGACAAAGGAAAACAGUGGUGAUGAUGGUGAAAAAGAAGAAUCUGGUGGAGAGGGAGAAGAAACUUCAGCUGGAGAAUAUGCUAGCGCAACUAAAAGCAAAGCCGUUGUAGAAGAUAUUCCUGAACUUGAAGCAGCAGGUACGAGUGUUGAAGAAACUGAAGCUGCUCCGGAAUCUGAAGAAGAUGACGAAGAAGAAGACGACGGAGAAGAAUCAGAUGAUGGUAAGAAGAAGAAAAAAGAAGAGUCUGGUUACGAUUAUCCUUAUUAUAGCUAUGACACCGCUAAAAAUAGCAAAAACAAGCAACUUGUAGACGAUAGUCCGUAUAAUAUUCCGGAACAUUUUGCUGAGAGUAUAAAGAGUAAUAGUAAUCAAAGACCCGUGGAAGAAGAAGAUGACGAAGAAUCUUUUGAUGAGUAUCAUUACAAGCUUUUCCCCGAGUUACAUAAAACUUCUGAAUCGAACAACGAAGAACAACAUAGCGAGCCAUCGUCCAAGAAACAAGAAGUAGAAGAAGUUCUGGCUGAAUUUGCUAAAAAAGACCGUACGAAUUGUAAAAAAGCAGAAAAGAAUGGAAUGACCUGCUUCCUGUGCGUCGACAGUAACAAAGUUCAACACGAAGAGUGCAUGUACAUUGCCGAAAGCAAACCGAAAGCAACCCAUCUAGCGUACCACGAGGUCCAGAGGCUUAAAGAUCCCAAAAGGGCAUCAGAUGAGGAGGAACCUGAAGAGUCUAAAGUCCAACCUCAAACGGAACAACCUCUAGAUACAGUGCUGCCUUUGGCCUCUGAGAAAACCAAGAAGAAGAGGUUCUUCAAGAAAGUUACCACUCCAUUGCCGUUGGCUGAUUUGAGUGGUGCAGGAUCGGAAUUGCAUAAGUUUAUAGUACCGUUAGAUCAACCAAGACAUAGGUUUCCCAGAUCUAGCGAACCGGUAGCAUCUGCCAGUGCUCCGGACUCUGAACGAAUCGAAUCGAAAAAAUCAAACGCUGAACCUGAACCACCUCAAGAAAUUGACGUAGGUGAUGAAGAAGGUGCUUACAGCCACGAGACCAAACCAGUCUACAGUAAAUUAUUCGAUACAACUUUGCCAAGGUACAUGGUAGAAAAAACGGAAUUCGAGAAGGAUUUUGAUGCCGACGCCGGGUUCUAACAAAAUUAAAUUACAGAGAAAUUUGAGAAUGAAUGAUGUGUGAUGAUUUAUGUCGUUGCUUACAGAAUGUCGAUUUUAAAAUAUUUGUGUUUAU